GCUGCAGUCUGCGCUUCACUCAGCCUCGAAGCGAGCACACUGAGCAACCCGAACAAAUCUCGCGAGAACUGGCGAGAACACAGAGAAAACCCGUCAUUCACAAAGCUCCGAAGACACACGGGGAAAGACUGCAGAGAUGGCGACCUACACGAGAUCAGACAGCUGCCGGGUUUGUCCGUCUGCGCGCGCAAACCGCUUCGACACGGCGCGCCGCAAGCGCGCGGCCCCCAAUAUCUUCGAGCACGUGAGCGAGGAUGCGCUCGCGCGGCUCUUCCGCAAAGCCGGCGACGCGAAGGCCGAGGAGCGCGUGCGGAGCAUCUUCUCGUGCGCCAAUGACCCGGACGAGACCGCGCGCGCCCUGAUGGCGCUCAAGCAGCGCAAGAAGGACAAGUUCCUGCAGAUCGCGCGCGCACUCCGCGGCCUGCUGAAGCUGCGCUGAGGACUCACUUCACGCGGCUCCGGUCGAGAAGAGUCGCAGACAGACGAGUGACAGCAGCUCGGGGGACGAGCGGUGUGAACCGACUCCGAGUCGACACUGCGCGCAGAUGCUCAGGGACAACGUCCAGGCGCCAGAGAAAGACAGAGAAGCUCACGUGCCGGCGGGGAAAGCCUCACAGGGCAGCGUGUGGCAAGCCAAAGGGUCCAGAAACGGCACAAAUGGACGGUUAACGGGGGUGAAGUGCCAGUGGUGUGGUGAAGCACACAGACAAGCAGCAGCUCUGAGAUGAAGCUCAGCUGCAAUGCACAUCCCAGAGGAACACAUGAUCAAACUUCUUAUGAACUUUACAAAGACUUGGUGGACUCCAGGAGCACUUACAAGCUCCUGUGUUGAUGCACCUGCUUUUUAAAAGUUAUAUAUUACAAUGCUGUGAUAACUUUUUGGUCAUGCAUUUGCACACAAUUUGUAAUUUCCACAAUAAAUUAUUAACAUUUUUUAAAAAAGAAAAAAAAAAAAGUCAUUGUUGUGAUGUUUCUAAUGCACUUCUAUGGAGUUCCAUUAUGUUUGUUUGCAUUUGAGCUUGCUGUAGGUCGUAGGUCUACUCCAGUGAUUCGACACUUAUGCUACAGUGUAAUACAGUAAAUAGUAAACAAACAGGGGGGGACCCAAAAAAGUCAUAUUAUACACUCUUUUUACCUUUUAGUAAGCCAAGAGCGCUUAAUAAUAGGCUACUUAAUUAAUAAUGACCCCUUAAAAAAACCCUUCUAAUUAAAUUGCCUCCUCGGUGUAGAGACACACGUGCACAUUUAUUUAUUUAGUAAGCAACUAAAUUUUCACCAAAACAAAAAAAUAUAUAAAAUAAAAUGUAUAAUUUUGCACGCCAUGUGAAUUAGGUUUAUACACAAUUGUAAUAGUGGAGUGUAAGGAGGUUAAGGUCUAUCAAGGUGAUUAGUCAUGCGUGCUGUAAUACAGUAAAUUAGAAGGAAAAAAAAAA